UAUAGAUAACAGUAUCUAUAAUUGUGAUUGUUUUUAAUUUUUUUAUCGUAAUAUCAUUUUAUUAUUAUAUUAAUACGUGUAAAAAUUUAAAAUGGUUUGAUUAAUUAAAAUAUUGGGCGAGUAGACCACAGUGUUGAGUGAACAUGGAAUUAUGUCUUCUUAAAAAAUGUUGUUUAAUUAAAGGAUAAAUGCCAAAACCCCAAAAACGAGAUUAUUGCCACGUCGAGUUAAAUAUGCAACUUUUAGACUUUUAUUAGCUGUUUGAUCAAAUCGAGUAUACUCGUAGACCUUUAUUCAUUAUGGAUGAUUCUAAUGUUCCAUCAGCUGUGCAAACUAACGAUGAAUCGGGUUGUAAAGAACAAGUCGACGGUGGUAACAGCGGACUCGACGACAAACCGGCUCAAAUAUUAAACGACAAACCGGCUCAAAUAUUAAACGACAAACCGGCUCAAAUAUUAAACGACAAACCGGCACAAAUAUUGAACGGCAACCGAGUGGCACCAAAUGAUUGGAAAUUUUAUCCUGGAAAAACGAUGUAUGUAAUGCCACCGGGUCCAAAAAAAUACCAGAAUAUAAAAAAGUCCCCAGACAAAGAACCCAAAUUCGUACCCUAUGAGCCUUACAAGGCGGCUGUACGUUCGAUUGUACCGGAACUUGGUCAACCAUCAGUGGCCGUAUUCAAAAGAAGAAUGUCGACCACUUCGAAUUGCAGUAAAGUGUCCAACAAAACAACCGAAGCUGACAAAGAGGACGUGAUAACGACUCUUACCCAAGAAAAACAGGUAAAACAAUCUUACCUACACAAUUUAUACUAGGUAUAUUAUUAAAAUAUAUAAAAAUAAUUAUAUUUUUUUUAGAAUCUUGAAGUUGAGAUAGCCAAACUCAACCAACAGUUAAGCAAUAUGAACCUACAAAUGGGGUCGCAGGCAGAAAUUAAUAAUGAACUAAAAAAUAUGCUCAUAGCGUCUAUCGGAGAAGACGUCGAGGCCAAAAUACAAAUGUUAACUGAGGAUAAAGUUUUACUAGCACACAAAUUGCUUAAUUUCACAGGUGCAUUAGCUGGUCGACAAGAUCAAUUAGAAACUGUAGCUGGAGAACGAGAUGUUUUGAGAAGUAAAUUUUUGGCUGGCAGGUAUGUAAAUGAUUAUAAUCAUUAAUUUUUAUUCUUACUAACACUAAAUACUAGCCAAAAAAUAUUUUUACAGUUUAAUAAUAGAAGAUUUAUCCAAGUGGAAAACAUUCCUGUGUGACCGUGUAGAUAAUUUAGAAGGUUUGUUACAAACUGUAUUGGAUGAAAAUCGAAAAAAUAGACAUUUAUUGAAAUCAGCACAUGAGUAUGUUAAAUACAGUAUAAAAAAAAAAAGUGUUUCUAAUUAUUUUGAUUUAGGAAUUUGAAGAUAUUACAAAAUGAAUAUAAACUCGAAGUGCCAUCCAAACAAAAACUUUUAGACAGUACAACAAUAGCAGAAGAUAUCAACAAAAUAUCAUUAUCACUUAGAAAACAUUUGUUAGGACCACAAAAUCAACAAAACCAAAAUAUACACUUUGCUGUUCACCAGACACCAACUGAAUCCCGAGCUCAACAAGUAAUAUUACAUUUUUUAUAGAAAUUUGUCUUAUUGCAAUCGCUGUUGUCACUUAAGUCACAUUUAAAUUAUAAUUAUUAAAUAUGUAAAAUUAUACUAUGAUACCUUCAAUAUGUUUUAUAAUGAAAAAUUAAAAAAAAACAGUCACAAUAACAAUUUUAAGUGUGAAUUAUAAAACUAUAAUUAUAAUUAUAUACUUAUAAGUAAAUAAGGUAGUAGAUAAUAUAAAUGUUUUUGUAUAUAGGUAAUUUUGAUAUUAUUUUAACAAAUUGUAUGCAUAACAAUUAGAUAUAUAAUAAAAUAUUACUUCUUAAAAUGUAUUCCUAAGAAGGACUCAAAUAGUUCUUGAUAAAUUUAAUAAGUAUAAUACAUAAAAAUAAAGAGCUAUAGAAUAGGAGUUGGUAAAAAUUCUGCUAUUAAUCUCAGCUUAUAAAUAUUUUAUGAUCAUUUAUUUCUUGUUUUGUUUGAUUUAGAUACUGGGACAAACAUUACCUAGAGAAAAAAUGAAUGAUGUAGAUGCAACAUGUAAUGCCAUAAUGGAAGCAUCACAAGCGUUAGAGACUACUAAUAUUCAGUUGUGCUGUGGUCACUGCACGGGUACUGUAAAAUAUGUUUAAACUAAUAUGGUUUACCAAUUAUCAAAAAUUAAAAAAUAAAUGUUAACAAAUAUUUUUAUUAAAAUGUUUAUUAUAAAUUAUAUGGCAAUAAUUUUUUGUUUUAUUGUUUAUACAUGUGUAUGUUAAACGUGCGAAUUAAAUUAAUUUU